GUCGGAGUCUAACCGCAGCUCUCCUCUCAUUCAUGCUGAGCGCUGCUCUCCUGUGCGCACGGAACUGCAGAGCUGAGCUUCGGAACCGGUGCUGCUACUGUCUGACAAGCAAUGGAAUUGUCUUCUGCACCAACUCUGACAUCCUAAAAACAACAACAUGCCAAACAGGACGAACGCGAAGAGCUGUUUGAUCAGGCUGGUGGCGGACGAGGCUGAAGAUCAGGAGAUGAGGUUAUAAAAACAGCCGAGGAAAAAAAAAGAAAGAGGAACUCUCUUGGAAACUCUUCUUUUGUAUCAUCAUACCCUGCAAUCCUAAAAGUUACCGACUGACCCUGAAGAGGAUUACACCCUCAAAAAUACACACCAACUCGCUCACACCUCCCCUCCCCUUACCACCAUGUCCUCCCACUCCAAACCACCUCUUCUCAUCCUCCCCGUCCUCUUCCUUCUCCUCUCCCUUUCCCUGUCCUUGCCCUCCACCUCCUCUCCUUCCUCCUCUUCCUCCUCUCACCUCCUCUCCUUCUUCCCACCGGAAGGAGGUCUCACACAUUUGGUGGUUCACAACAAAACGGGCGAGGUUUACCUGGGCGCUGUCAACUGGAUCUACAAGCUGUCGAGUAACCUGACUAAGCUACGAAGCCAUGUGACUGGCCCAGUCACAGACAACCCUCGCUGUUACCCUCCGCCUGGUGUCCAGUCCUGCCCCCACGAGCUGGUGCAGACCUCGAAUGUCAAUAAACUCCUGCUACUUGAUGCUGCCCACAACCGCUUAAUUGCCUGUGGGAGUACUUCCCAGGGAAUAUGCCAGUUCCUGCGUCUGGAUGAUUUGUUCAAGCUCGGAGAGCCCCACCACCGUAAAGAGCAUUAUCUAUCCAGCGUUGCAGAGGCAGGCACCAUGUCGGGUGUCGUGAUUUCCCCAGAUCUUUUUGGCGGAGGUGGGAAACUUUUUGUCGGGACUCCCAUCGACGGGAAAUCUGAGUAUUUCCCAACACUGUCAAGCCGCAAGUUGAUGUCCAACGAGGAGAACGCUGACAUGUUCAGCUUCGUCUACCAGGACGAGUUUGUCUCCUCGCAGCUGAAGAUUCCCUCAGACACGCUCUCUAAGUUUCCGGCAUUUGACAUCUACUACAUCUAUGGCUUCAACAGUGAGCAGUUUGUGUAUUAUCUUACCUUACAGCUCGACACCCAGCUCACCUCACCAGAUGCAAGCAGUGAACAGUUCUUCACGUCUAAAAUUGUCCGGCUAUGUGUUGACGAUCCUAAGUUCUACUCCUACGUUGAGUUCCCCAUUGGCUGCACCAAGGACGGAGUGGAGUACCGCUUGGUUCAGGAUGCUUAUUUGGCCCGGCCAGGGACCCGGUUGGCGCGUUCACUUGGUAUUGAAGAGCAUGAGGAGGUUUUGUUCACUGUAUUCGCGCAGGGUCAGAAGAACAGAGCCAAGCCGCCCAAGGAGUCGGCUUUGUGUCUGUUCACAAUGAAACGUAUAAAGGAGAAGAUUAAAGAGAGGAUUCAGUCGUGCUACAGAGGAGAGGGGAAACUCUCCCUGCCCUGGCUGCUCAACAAGGAGCUGGCCUGCAUCAACUCGCCGCUGCAGAUAGACGAUAACUUCUGCGGCCAGGACUUCAACCAGCCUUUAGGGGGCACCACCGCCAUCGAAGGCAUCCCACUGUACGUGGACAAGGACGACGGCAUGACCUCUGUGGCGGCCUACGACUACCGUGGACACACUGUGGCAUUCACAGGCACCCGCAGUGGACGCAUGAAAAAGAUCUUGGUGAACUCCAUCACCCAGCCUGCCUUGCUGUAUGAGAAUGUGGUAGUGAGCGACGGGAGCCCCAUCCUGAGAGAUCUGCUCUUCAGCCCAGAACAUCAGCACUUGUACGCCCUCACCGAUAAAAAGGUUACCCGUGUACCAGUGGAGAGCUGUGAGCAGUACAGCUCCUGUGGAGCCUGCCUGGGAUCAGGGGACCCUCACUGUGGCUGGUGUGUGCUACAUAGUGUAUGUUCGAGGAAGGAUCGCUGUGAACGAGCAGAGGAGCCUCAGCGUUUCACCACCAGAGUGGAGCAGUGCGUCCGACUCUCCGUCCAACCCGACACCGUCUCCGUCACCAUGUCAGAAGUGCAGUUGUCACUUCAGACGCAGAAUGUGCCCAGUCUGUCUGCUGGAGUGAACUGCUCAUUCGAGGACUAUGUAGAGACAGAAGGACGCAUCUACGGUGGACGGAUCUUCUGUCUGUCCCCCUCUACAAAAGAUGUUUCCCCCAUCACAAGAGACCAAGGUGACCAACGUGUUAUAAAGUUGUAUCUGAAAUCGAAAGAGACGGGGAAGAAAUUUGCCAGCGUGGACUUUGUCUUCUACAACUGCAGUGUCCACCAAUCGUGCCUUUCCUGUGUUAAUGGAAACUUCCCCUGUCACUGGUGCAAAUAUCGCCACAUGUGCACGCAGGACGCCGGUGACUGCUCCUUCCAGGAGGGACGAGUCAACACCUCGGAGGAGUGCCCUCAGAUCCUGCCCUCCACCCAGAUCUAUAUCCCUGCUGGAGUUAUGAGACCGAUCACCCUGCUGGCCCAGAACCUGCCCCAGCCUCAGUCCGGACAGAGGAACUACGAGUGUAUCUUCCACAUCCAGGGCAGCACGCACAGCGUCCCGGCUCUGAGGUUCAACAGCACCAGCAUACAGUGUCAGAAGACCACGUACGACUACGAGGGCAGCGACAUCAGUGACCUACCAGUCGACCUCUCCGUGGUGUGGAAUGGAAACUUUGUCAUUGACAACCCCUUCAACAUUCAAGCCCAUCUGUACAAGUGCAGAGCCUUGCGGGACAGCUGUGGUAUGUGCCUGAAAGCUGACCCCAGGUUUGAAUGCGGUUGGUGCGUCCAGGACAGGAAGUGCUCCCUCAGGCAGGAGUGUUCCGGUGGAGGAAAUUCCCACCUCCCGCUACAGCUGGCUGAAGGCGGAGGGUGGAUGCACGCCACCUCUGGAAACAGCCGCUGCACCCACCCCAAGAUCAUUAAGCUGUUCCCUGAGACGGGGCCUCGCCAAGGGGGAACCAGGCUGACCAUCCUGGGGGAGAACCUGGGUCUGCAGUUCAGAGACAUACAGAUGGGCGUCAGACUGGGCAAGGUACCCUGUGUACCCAUUGAGGAGGAGUAUGUGAGCGCAGAGAGAAUAGUGUGUCUGCUGAACGACGCCACCGGCUACAGGGUCCAAGAAGCUCAGGUGGAGGUGUGUGUCAGGGACUGCGUUAACGACUACAGAGCGCUGUCACCCAGGCCGUUCACCUUUGUGACUCCAUACUUCACCCGUAUCCAGCCAUCUCAAGGGCCCAUCUCUGGGGGCACUCGGGUCACCAUCGAGGGAAUCUCCCUGAACGCAGGCAGCUACGUCUCUGUUGGCAUCGGGCAGCAGCCCUGCUACUUCAAGAAGAGGAAUGCCGCUGAGAUAGUGUGUGUUACACCAGCUGGAUUAGCUGUGAGCAGUGCGUCAGUCCUCGUGGACAUCGACGACGCCGAGCUCCAAAACCCUGAGGUCAAGUUUAACUACACUGAAGACCCCACUGUCCUGAGGAUUGAACCUGACUGGAGCAUCGCCAGUGGUGGGACUCUGCUGACAGUGAGCGGGACCAACCUUGCAACCAUCCGAGAACCAAAGAUCAGGGCCAAAUAUGGGCAGGCAGAAUCCUUUCAUAACUGUACUGUGUAUAAUAACUCUGUCAUGGUGUGCCUGGCUCCAUCGGUGGCGGAUUCAGAGCUAAGUUUCUCAGAGACCGGCACUGGCCCGGAUGAGAUCGGGUUCUACAUGGACAACGUGAAUGCUCUGGUGGUGGUCAACGAGACGUUCAGCUACUACCCCGACCCCGUGUUUGAGCCGUUGAGUCCCUCUGGAAUACUGGAGCUCAAGCCCACGUCGCCGCUCAUUCUCAAGGGUCGUUACCUGAUCCCAGCGGCUCCAGGUAACAGUCGCCUCAACUACACAGUGCUGAUUGGAGAGACUCCCUGCGUCCUCACCCUGUCUGAGAGCCAGCUGCUGUGCGAGUGGCCCAACCUCACCGGACAACACAAAGUCACGAUUCGUGCUGGUGGGUUUGAGUACUCCCCAGGGACUCUUCACAUCUACUCGGACAGCCUGCUGACGCUUCCUGCCAUUAUCGGCAUCGGAGGGGGGGGCGGCCUGCUUCUACUGGUCAUCAUCGCUGUGCUGAUUGCCUACAAGAGGAAGUCGAGGGACGCCGACCGCACCUUGAAACGUCUGCAGCUCCAGAUGGACAACCUGGAGUCCAGAGUGGCCCUGGAGUGUAAAGAAGCUUUUGCCGAGCUCCAGACAGACAUCCACGAGCUGACCCAGGAGCUGGACGGAGCCGGGAUUCCGUUCCUGGACUAUCGGACUUACGCAAUGAGGGUCCUGUUCCCAGGCAUUGAGGAUCACCCUGUGCUCAAGGAGAUGGAGGUACGGGUGCAGGCAAAUGUUGAGAAGGCACUGACGCUGUUUGGCCAGCUGCUGACGAAGAAGCACUUCCUGUUGACGUUCAUACGAACCCUGGAGGCACAGAGGUCGUUUUCAAUGCGGGACCGAGGCAAUGUGGCAUCUCUGAUCAUGACAGCGCUGCAGGGGGAGAUGGAGUACGCCACCGGAGUCCUGAAGCAGCUGCUGUCCGACCUGAUAGACAGAAACCUGGAGAGCAAAAACCAUCCCAAGCUGCUGCUCAGGAGAACGGAGUCUGUCGCUGAGAAGAUGCUCACCAACUGGUUUACAUUCCUCCUGUACAAGUUCCUCAAGGAGUGUGCCGGGGAGCCUCUGUUCAUGCUUUACUGUGCCAUCAAGCAGCAGAUGGAGAAGGGACCCAUCGACGCCAUCACAGGAGAAGCCCGCUACUCCCUCAGCGAGGACAAGCUCAUCAGGCAACAGAUUGACUACAAAACACUGACGUUGCACUGUGUGAACCCAGAGAAUGAGAACGCCCAAGAGGUGGCGGUCAAGUGUCUGAACUGUGACACCAUCACUCAGGUCAAAGAGAAGCUGCUCGAUGCUGUGUACAAGGGCAGCCCCGAUUCACAGAGGCCCAAGGCUUCUGAUAUGGACCUGGAAUGGCGUCAAGGUCGGAUGGCCAGAAUCAUUCUGCAAGAUGAAGAUGUCACAACUAAGAUCGACAAUGACUGGAAACGACUCAACACACUGGCUCACUAUCAGGUAACAGAUGGCUCUGUAAUCGCCCUGGUGCCAAAGCAGAACUCCGCCUAUAACAUCUCCAACUCCUCCACCUUCACCAAGAGCCUCAGCAGAUAUGAGAGUAUGCUGAGGACAGCCAGUAGUCCAGACAGCCUACGAUCCCGAACACCCAUGAUCACCCCUGACCUGGAGAGUGGAACCAAACUGUGGCAUCUGGUGAAGAACCACGACCACUCGGACCAGAGGGAGGGCGACCGAGGCAGCAAGAUGGUCUCUGAGAUCUACCUGACCAGGCUGCUAGCGACAAAAGGUACGUUACAGAAGUUUGUGGAUGACCUGUUUGAGACCAUCUUCAGCACAGCCCACAGAGGCAGCGCGCUGCCACUCGCCAUCAAGUACAUGUUCGACUUCCUGGACGAGCAGGCCGACAAACACUCCAUCACAGACUACGACGUACGGCAUACCUGGAAGAGCAACUGUCUUCCUCUGCGGUUCUGGGUGAAUGUCAUAAAAAACCCCCAGUUUGUAUUUGACAUCCAUAAGAACAGCAUCACAGACGCCUGUCUGUCUGUGGUGGCCCAGACCUUCAUGGACUCCUGUUCGACGUCGGAACACAAACUAGGAAAAGACUCGCCUUCAAAUAAGCUUCUCUACGCUAAAGACAUCCCCAACUACAAGAACUGGGUAGAGAGGUAUUACUCCGAUAUCUCCCGCAUGCCAGCCAUCAGUGAUCAGGACAUGAGUGCCUACCUAGCAGAGCAGUCUCGCCUGCACCUCAGCCAGUUCAACAGUAUGUCUGCGCUGCACGAGAUCUACUCCUACAUUAUCAAAUACAAAGACGAGAUCCUGUCGGCGUUACAGAAGGACGAGCAGUCGCGCAGACAGCGACUACGCGGCAAGCUGGAGCAGGUCAUCGACACCAUGGCACUGGCAAGCUGAGGACCGGCCAAUCACACGCCUCGGCUAGAGGAGAACUGGCCAACAAACACGCCUUCCCUGACAACAUUUUGACGCCCGUGACAUUUUGACCCUUGACGUUUAAAGUCUGUCGUCAUCACCCUCACAAACAACGAAAAACAGCAGUGGAAAAUACUGCAAGGACGCAAGCACCCAGCAGCAGCACACCGGAGAGACAGCAGAGUUUGGAACUAAGGCCCCGCCGGCCGGGUUAGCUUGUUUUUUUUGUCUGAGCCACCAACCCAGCCUCUAACAACCAAAUCAAGCGCGUCCUCAACCUCAGCCGAUAUGGACCCCAGCUCAGGAGAGCUUUUAUUUUCAUCAAGGCCCUCAUCACAUCUAGAGUUAUACGGGUGCAGCAGUUGGGUACUUUGGCCACAAUCAGGACCGGUACAUGCACAUUGGUGACCAAAAACUCAUCUAGCUGGAUACAGAGCUGAAAUGCUAUGGGAAAGCGAGAAGAUCUCCACAGCCAAUGCUACGGUUCAGACAGUGAGCCAGUACAAAUCCAGGAUAUAUUAUUGUGAUACUUGAUCCCUAUAAGGAAUUUCUCUUUUCUGAUGCCGUCCUUCACAGGGAGGUCAGAGGUCAGGGACAGCUACAGAGCAGCAGCCAUGGACCUGGUAGGGAUACAGUGUGUUGCUCAAAGACGCUACAGUAGGGUGGAUGCUUAGCAACCCGUAGGCUGCCGCUACAGCAGGACAACCAGGAGGACUUUGCAGGGAAACUGCCUCCAGUACCGACUCUCCAACAACAAGAACUCCACUGAAGGAAACAAAGGACAGUUUCAUAACUCUGCAUUUGAUUCUGUUUUUUUCCCCCAACUGCCUACUCUCCCCAGUGCUGUGCCACUUGUGUUACUGCUGAAUUUGCACAACAAAGCUAAAUCAAAAGAGAGAAGAGGAUAUAUGAAUAUAUAUAUAUAUAGAUAUAUAAAUACAAACCUUUUGUUUUUGAAACAAAUGAAAAGUUGAAGAAAAAAAAACGUUUUCCAUUUUAAUGUACAAAAGAUAAGUUUGUGAAGAGGAUUUGAUAUUUCCAAGAAGAAACAUUAUGAAAACACAAGGAAAAAGUCGUCCUGUGCCAUGUUUUACUUUGAAUGUCGUUUAGUGCAAAGAGACUUCUUUUCGUUAGAUGAAAUGUACUAUGAUGAAAAAUGUUGUCAUGCUUAGUGACUGAAAGUGAAAGUUUAAAAACAGGUAACUGGCAAAAAUAUAUAUAUAUUACAGACAGCUUCUAUAUUUCAUGAGGUCUUGGGACCGUUGUGUGCUACAUCUUUGGCUCUAAAGGUAGUAAAAAGACAGGUGGUGUCUGUGAGCCAACCGACCUACAGUGCUUUUGUGUUUGUUUUAGAGAAACCAAAUACACCGAGGCCUGGUCAGCUAAUUUAGAUGACACAAAAGUCAUUUCUGUGGAAGCAAGCCUCUCGCUGUGGUAGCAGACAACUAUAGAGGCACCAGGCAGUCAUUUGAACAGUUGAACCCAACUUCUUGAUCAUAUUUUCUAGACUUUCUCCUCUUGUCUGAAAAUGUUUUAUGAAGUGUGCCCUCCAAAAAUGAAGGCCAGUUUUGAUGUGCAGAACAAGGUGAAACAGUUGUGUCUAAUUUCCGACUUGUUUUCUAGUCUGCAGUAUGACUGUAAAGCUGAAGGUUCCUCUGUUGAAAUGUGAAUGUGGUUUAUGAAAAGAUAAUGAAAUGUAGCUUGGUUUAUGUAAGUGUUUUUGUACCAGUUGAAGACCUUUCUAUUUUGUCGUUUUGUGGUUUUAUAGGGAUAACAAAAAAAAAAAAACAUUUAUUUGCAGUACCUGCUGCUCCAAAUUAAUUUGCAGUGCUUCAAAAAAAAAAAAACAUAAACAAGACAUUAUUUUCUCCUAUGAGUGUGCAAAAUGGUACAAGGCUAAUAACAAAGGCUAGAUAAUA